GCUUCUUUCACUCUAUAUAUACUAGUCGAGCUCCAAUGAAGACAGACUUCAAGUUCUCGAAUCUGUGCGGAACGGUGUACCGCAAGGGAAACCUGGUGUUCACGCCCGAUGGCAACAGCGUGCUGAGCCCGGUCGGCAACCGCGUGACGCUGUUCGAUCUGGUCAACAACAAGACCGAGACGCUUCCAUUUGAGAACAAGCGCGAUAUCCGGCGGCUGGCGCUCUCGCCCAACGGGCACUUGCUUUUGAGCGUCGACGAUCUGGGCAACACUCUGCUGGUGAACUUCCGGCGGCGUACAGUUUUGCAUCAUUUCAACUUCAAGGACAAGGUCCGCGACAUCCAGUUCUCGCCUGAUGGCAAGUAUUUCGCAGUGGGGCUCGGACGCAAGGUCGAGGUGUGGCGGUCGCCCGGGUACACGCGCGAGUUUGCACCGUUCGAGCUGCACCGGCGGUACGGAGGGCACUAUGACGACAUCACACAGAUCAGCUGGUCGCCGGACUCGCGGUUCUUCUUGACAUCCAGCAAGGACAUGGCCACCAAGAUCUACUCAGUGGAUCCGAUCGAGGGGUUCACGCCGACCACGCUGACUGGCCACCGGUAUGCUGUUGUUGGCUCGUGGUUCACCCGCGACAUGCGCGCAAUCUACACGGUGAGCCGCGACGGUGCUGUGUGCGUGCGGCGGUUCCGUGAGCAUAUGGUAGACGAGAACCUGGUGUUUGGCGAGUUCCCACGCGACGAGGAAGGCAAUUUCGUGCGUACGGUGUGGUUCACGGAGACGCGCCAUUUCGCGAUGGAGGCGCAUGCGCAGGUCCAGAGCGCAGCGUUCAACCCGGCUACGCAGCUGCUGAUUCUGGGAUUCACCAAUGGCGUGUUUGGGCUGUGGGAGAUGCCCGAUUUCAACCAGAUCCACACGCUGUCGGUUUCUAGCCAGGCAAUCAACACCAUUGCUGUCAACCCGACCGGCGAGUGGUUGGCGCUUGGAUCGUCGAAGCUCGGCCAGCUGCUGGUGUGGGAGUGGCAGAGCGAGACGUACGUGCUGAAGCAGCAGGGCCAUUUCUACGACAUGUCGUGCGUUGCAUACUCGGCCGACGGACAGUACGUGGCCACAGGCGGCGACGACGCGAAGCUGAAGGUGUGGAACUCGCUGUCUGGAUACUGCUUCAUCACCUUCUCCGAGCACACCAGCGCGGUGACAGCAGUGCAGUUCACCAAGGGCAGCCAGGUUGUCCUAUCAGCGUCGCUUGACGGCACAGUGCGUGCCUAUGACCUUGUGCGGUACCGCAACUUCCGCAUCUUCACUUCGCCAACGCCUGUGCAGUUCAACACGCUGGCAGUCGAUCCGAGCGGCGAGAUUGUGUGUGCUGGCUGCCAGGACUCGUUCGAGAUCUAUAUGUGGAGUAUGCAAACCGGCAAGCUUCUUGAUAUUCUGUCUGGCCACACCGGCCCGAUCAGCUCGCUGGCUUUCCGCCCCGAUGGUCAGUCGCUUGCAUCUGGCGUCAUCGUUGAGCGCCUGGAUCACAAUAACGAAGUGCUGGCUUUGGCCUACCGUCCCGACGGCAAGGAGCUGUGCGCAUCGACACUUGACGGCCAGAUCCAUUUCUGGGACGUAGCCAAGGCCGCGCCCACAGGCACCAUCGAGGGUCGGCGCGACAUUGCCGGCGGUCGCAAGGCCAACGACCGGCAGACGGCCGAGAACUCGACGUCUGGCAAGUGCUUCAACUCGCUUUGCUAUUCGGCCGACGGCACCGCGGUUCUGGGCGGUGGCAACAGCAAGUUUGUGUGUCUGUAUGACCGGCGGUCCAAGAUCCUGCUGCGCAAGUUCCAGGUGUCCAAGAACCUGUCUCUGGACGGUGUGCAGGAGAAGCUGAACUCCAAAAACAUGACUGAGGCUGGCCCUGCCGACCUCAUCGACUCGGACGGCAUCGACAGCGACACGGAGAAGGCUGCGGACAACAGCCUGCCGGGUGUGCGCUCGGGCGACAAGUCCAACCGCGUGCUGCGACCUGAGGUGCGUACCCGUGACGUGCGCUUCUCGCCUACCGGCCGGCAGUGGGCAGCGGCGUCGACCGAGGGACUGAUGAUCUACUCGCUCGACGAGACGCUGGUGUUUGAUCCCUAUGAGCUUGACGAGGACGUGACGCCCGAGACCAUCCGUGAGCUGUCGCGCAAGGGCGAGUACCUGCGCGCUCUGGUCAACGCGUUCCGGCUCAACGAGCAGUAUCUGAUUCGCGAGACCUACGAGCGCAUUCCGCCUACCGACGUCAUGCUGCUGACCAAGGACUUCCCCGAGGCGUAUCUGGAGCGCCUGCUCAAGUUCAUUGCCAGCAUCCUGGAGAGCAGCCAGCUGCUGGAGUACCACCUGCGCUGGAUCACUGGAUUGCUUUCGAACCACGGUCCGUUUGUCAAGACCCGCUCGGUGCGCCUGCAGCCUGUGCUGCGGACGCUGCAGCGCGGUAUUGUCAGGAUGCGCCAGGACAUCGGCAGCGUGUGCGACAAGAACUACUACUCGCUUGGAUACUUGAUUACCCAGGGCCAGCGCCAGGCCGAGGCUGACAAGGAGGCCAGCGAGGAUGCUGCAGGCAACAUCACCAUGCAGGACGUCUUGGCCAGCUUCAACGACGAUAUCGAGGAGGUUGAUGCCGAUGCUGAGGACGAGGAAAUGGAGGAGUAGCUGGUGAGAUUUAGUAUUUUCCGUGCAUUGAUUUCCAAUGCAAUCGAUGCCAGCUGCUGUGCGCUGUUCCUGGUUGCCUUUUGGUGUCAAAGAAAUCGGU